GGGUGCCGCUGUGUUCCACCAGACGUGCCCGCCACGACGCUGGGGGGCGAAUCGGCUGCGGCGGCCGCGCCGCCCGGGCUGGACGCCGCCCCAGGAGGCGAACCGCCGCCGCCCGCCCCAGAGGGCCCCGCCGCCGACGCGAGCCUGGGCAGCUGGUGGCUCGCGGCGGCGUGGGGACUUCUAGCCCUGGCGGGCGGAGGAGGAGCCCUUGCCGCCCAGCUGGGCUCGACGGGGCGGGCCCGCCUCGCGGGCCUCACCGUCUGCGGGCUGGUGGGCCUCCUCGCCACGGCGCGGGUCGCGCGCCAGGCUUGGUGGCUCUACUGUGACCAGGAGGCGACGAAGGCGCAGAUGGCCUCCCUCAGAGCCCAGAUGCAGCAGCUGGCCCUGUCGGGAGCGAUGGGCAUGCCAGGUGGAGGUUUCCCUGGCGGCGGUCCGCCCGACGGUGCCAUGCACGGGUGGGCCGACGUGGGAGCGCCGCCGCCGGGGAUCCCGCAGGUGCCGGGCGUGACGAUGGCGGGGCCAGCCACAGGACCCGUCGGGCCCCCAGUGGGUCAGGCCACCCAGGCGCCCGCGGGUGCCGCGAGCCUGGACGCGCUGGGCGCGCGGGCGGGCAUAGCCGCCCUGGCCGCCCCAGAGGCGGGCGCCACAGCCGCUGCGGGUAGCCCGCCAUACGUCCCUCAGUACAGGCCGCCCGAGCUGGACAGCAAGGUCCGGCAGCAGGCCAAGCAGGUGAAGGAGCUCCUGACGGCGUUCGCGAACGCCCGGGGCCAAGACUACAUGUGGGGUCGUCGCUUCUGGUCCAACAUCUACACGAUGGACUCGAGCGGGCAGUUGGUGCCCGAGGCGAAGCGUCUCCUGACGGGGUUCGGCUACGUAGGCGAGCAGACGGUGACGGCCCCCCGCCAUGAGGAGCUCGGGGCCGCGCUGGACCGCCUCGCGUCGGAGGCCGCGCUGACCGCUGGCGCAGGCAUCUGGCAGUCCACCCCCAGCCAGGGCCUGGCCGCCGCGGCGGGAGGCUCGGAGGAGACGCGAUGGGGCUCCUCGCUACCAGCGGACCUCCAGCGUGCGGCCCCCGAGAUCUACAGGGCGAUGCGAAGUGAGGGGUCGACGAGUGCACGUGACUGGAUCGCCCAGCGCUACCAGGGGAGUCGGACCAGCCCGGUGUGGGUCGACCUAUGGACUCUUGCCACGUCGGUUGACUUCCGCCUCCGCGAAUGCGGCAGCCAUCUGGAGAUCAUGCGGGUGCUGGCCAAGGACGACAUGAUGGAGAUCGGCCUCCGCCGCCUCGCGGCAUACGUGUACGAGCAGCGGAGCGGCGACCGCGUCGGAGCCCAGCCCAUGUUGGGCAUCGCGCCGCCUGGCGGCUCGGCCGACGUGGCCCCGACGUGGACGGCGGCCUCAGCGACGAUGCACUCGAAGAUCGAGCACCAGCGCAGGGAGAGAGUCGAGGCUGAGGCUCGCCACAGGCGCAAGAACGACAAGGGCGGCGGUCGAGGCGACGGUCGCGGAGUGCGCGACGAUCUACACCCCCCGCUGCAGCAGGUGAUCUCGGCUCAGCCGGGACAAGAGGCGUUCUUUCCCAUCACGCUGGUGGAUCGCCCGACCCAGAUGACGAGCCGCUCUAGUCGACUUCGGCAUCGAUUCAAGCGGAAGCUCACCCUGUGGGCUCUCGCCAACGAGUUCGUGCAGGGGAUCAACUCCAUGGACACGGGCUCGUGCAAGGACCUCACCCGCCCCCGCCGCAAGGAGAGCUUGUCGGAGAACAUGCGGGGGCUGCACGGCCAGGUGCAUAGGGUAGCUCUACGAGACGCUAAACGGCUGGCAGAGGCGCGCCGGGACUGCGGUCUGGCAGGCGCCCCCGCGGUGCUGGAGCUAGCUCGCGCGGAGGAGGUGGGCUAUGGCAAGCCUACCCGCCUGUCGACCCAUGAGGCCCUGAGAGCGGAGGACAUUGAUGAGCCGCAAGUAGUGAAGAGCGCGAACAUGCUCGAGGCGCUCGAGCCGGAGGAGGCCAGGUACUACAGCGACGAGGGGCUUGUGGUCGCCCCGACGGAGUUGCGCAGCCGCGUGAUCUUCGAGGAGCUGCAGGCCAAGUUCGGCUUCGCUGGAGGAACUCAGGAGGAGUACGAGAAGUAUUUCAGCCGCUCAGACAUGCCGCCAAACCUGUGGCUCUUCGGGGGCCCGCAGGAGGUGAAGGCCAUAGCGGGCUUCAGCACGGUGGGCAAGAAGACCAGCGGGCGGCGGCGUAAGAUCAUCCUGAUGGCGGCGGCAAACUAUAUGUUUCAGGACGCGAGGGGUCGAGCCGAACACGGACUACACGGAGGAGGUGCGUUGGCCAGCCUGCACGUCCCGUCGGACGACUGGGCGGCCGCGGCGUUCGACGAGAGCAACGCCUUCUCCUCCGUCGAGGUUCCGAGCUGCUCCCACAGCGUGCACAUCCUGAUGUCUAUCAAUGCGAGGAUAUGCUCCAUGACGCUGAGGCGCAGCCUGGUGGACCCGCAGCAUGGUCACACUCUGGCGUGGCAGGCCGGAUACCAGAUGCUGACGGACGACGACUGGGCCGAGCGCCAACGACUUCGACGAGAUGGCACCCCCCCGAGCGGGUUUUCCGUGGCGAGCUGGUGCGAGGCAGUACGCCACGCACGGCGCCAGGAGACCCGUGUCUUCGUGGUCAUGCACUUGUUCGCGGGGGCCCGGAGGGAGCAGGACGCGCAGCAUCACGUCGAGGCGAUGAUGGCCGACCUGGAGCUGAAGGUGCUCAUGAUCUCGGUGGACCUGGCCGAGGACUCGCGGUGGGACCUCGGGCGCGUCGACACCUGCGUGUCCGAGGGCCUGGUGGACGUGAUCCCGGGCGACCCCCCCUGCUCGACCUGGAGCCGCGCGAGCAUCCAGACGAUCCUGCCUGGGGAGGAACCGUAUCCGUCCAUCUUCGACACCGAGAUUUUGAAGGGCCUGGAGUCCAGGACGGGAGCGCGGCACAUCUCUUUUGACCAAUGUAUGAUGGGCGGGCCCUCGCAGAAGCCCACGAGGGUCACAGGUACGGCACGACUGGCGGCCACCGAAGCACUACGGUGCGACGGCGCCCACACACACGAGCUGAGCCACGGCAAGGUUAACGGGAACUUUCGGACGACCAAGCUCGCCACCUACCCACCUCGACUGUGCAGGUGGAUAGCAGAGGGCAUCGUGGCCACCCUGUCGGAGAUGGCGCAGACCGGCGGCGGGCCGCGGGCAGUGCCGGGCGCGAGGGACACGAGCUUCUACCUCCAUAUCGACGACGGCCUGAUCGCAGCGGACGGCGGGUCCCAGCAGUCAGGCGAGAAGAAGGUCAACAAGCUGGUCCACCAGGUGGCAGACGCGCUGGAGGAUGUGGGCUUCGUCGCGAAGGAGGGGGGGGAGCACGGCAUGGUGGAUCGCAUCGUGGGCUACGAGGUGGAGUCUAGCCCCGCACGAGUGCGGGUCCCGAAACGCAAGGCGGCGCUCAUGCACGAGGCGCCGCUACUGCUCACGAGCCGGGACUGGGUGCACCUGGACCACCUGGCGUCGGUCAUCGGGGUCUGGAUCUGGGCGGCGCUGCUGGCCAGGCACUGGCUGUCGGCGCCUCAGCACCUGUUUCAGUUCGCACGCCGGGAGGGCCCGCGCCGGAGACGGCGGUGGCCGUCGGCCCGCCGCGAGGCCGCGGCCAUGCGGCGGGGCAUCAUGGGGCUCUACGCUGACCUGGGGGCCCCGCUGCUGCCGAUGGUCUUCGCCUCGGACGCCGAGGGCGCGCAGGACUUCGACGCGGGUGGCUACGGCAUCGUCGUGGCCGCGGCGAACUCGAAGAUCGUAGAAGAGCUGAGGAACGCUGGCACUCGCCCCGGCGUGGCCGUCGCCAAGCCGGGACAACUGCAGAAGGUGCUGGAGCGUGGCCCUGAGACGCUACAGCCUUUCCUGCCAGUGAGCUCAGUUGAGAGGGGUUGGAUCGACGGAGAGGCCUCCUGGAUCCCGGUCGAGUCAGGCCGCUGGAAGGCGCCUGACCACAUCGUGCUGGGGGAAAGGCGGGCCGCGCUGAAGGUCCUGUCGCGUCUGGCGCUCCUGCCAGAGGCUCACCGCUCGAAGGUCCUCAGCCUCGAGGACAACAUGGCUGUCGCGGGCGCUGCGGCCAAAGGCCGAUCGGCCGCCGGCCCCGCGAACUACUUACUCAGGCGGAGGUGCGCGUUGUCGAGCGCCACGGAGAUCAGGAUGCACCUCCCCUGGGUGGAGACCGAGAGCCCUGACGAGUGGGACGACACGAUCAUGGAGUACAAGGCCUCAGUGGACUUGCUCAAGAGUCAUUUCACCUCCCUGCUCGCCGCUAUCGAAUUCAAGUUUCCGCGGCUGAAGGGCCGCCUUUGCAGAUGCCACGCCGCCUUGCGUGGCUGGGAGUUAGAGCACCAGACCAAGCACACAGUGCCGAUGGUGAGCACCGCCCAGGCUUUCGUCAGUGUGCGGCUCAGCGCACUCGGAGAGCCUCGCCUGGCCAUCGGCCUCAUGUUGCAGGGAAAAGUGGGGAUGCGGCCCAGCGAGAUGCUGGGUAUCGUCACGUCCGAUCUCGUCUUCCCCGAGGAGUCUGGGUACGGUCGAGGUCGAGGGCCCCUGAUAGUAGGCUUGGGUAUCAAGGCGAACACCAAAGCGAAGCGCCCCCAGUCGAACGACAUCCUGGAGGCCUCCAGCCCUGUAUUGGUGGAUCUCCUGAGGACCCUGAAGGCCCACACGCCCCCAGGGGGCCGCAUGUUCCCCUACACCCUCGAGAAGUACCGCAAGUUGCUCGCUCGCAUCCAGUCGGAGUGUAACCUACCAAUGGGAUGGACCCCCCACAGUGCCCGAGCAGGUUUCGCUUCAGAGGCCACAGCGUGGGGUAUGUCCUUCGAGUCGAGCAAAUUCGAGAAACAGGCCGUUGGAAGGUGGACAGUUCCCUUCGAGUAUAUAUCGACAUGGCCCAGGCCGCCCACAUAG